AUGCGAUUGGUCCAGGAGGGGCUUACCUACAUGCAAAUGAGGCAGCGCAGCCCUGCUGCCUCCGAUCCAGAGCGUGAGGAGGAGGACCAGGAAAACACUCAUGAUCCCCGAGCUCCAGAAAAAACACCUCCAACUCCUUUCAAUGUUAAAACUCCACAAUUAAACAGGCUGGGGUGGGGUCGUGCAGAAAGCAAUCACGGAAUACAAGCGGACAGAGGCGAUUCCAGUCAACCCCUUCAGUUCUGGUAUGAGGCGAGAAUGAGUAGCGCAGAGGACAGCGGGAGCAAGUGCUCGUCGGGCCCGAUCUCCAGCUUCACCAUCCAGUCCAUCCUAGGCACCGCUUCCGAUGAACCGCGCUCGGGGACCAAGGAGCUCUCCAAGGGGCCGCAGCCCGCCCAGGCGCGCAGGCGCUCGCUGUCCGUGUCCUCCGAGGAGGAGUGCAGCGGCGGGGAGGACUCCGCGGACUGCUUCUGCUCCGACACGGGUCACGGCGAGCCGUGCACGCAGCACCGGAGCCACAGCUUUUCCUGUCUAGGUCCCGCUAAAGGACUCCUGUCCGGAAACGAGGGGCUCGCGCGGCGGCCGCACCUGUCCCAGCCCCUGCUGCAGGACUACAAGGAGGAGCAGGAGAGGCCGUGCCAUCAGAUGUCCCCCAUGUCCGAGGAGCGACAGACGGACGGCGCGGACAAGCAGGGCAACUCGGCCAAGAAGAAGACGCGCACGGUUUUUUCCCGGAGUCAGGUGUACCAGCUGGAGUCCACCUUCGACAUGAAGCGCUACCUGAGCAGCUCGGAGCGGGCCUGCUUAGCCUCCAGCCUGCAGCUGACCGAGACUCAGGUCAAGACGUGGUUUCAGAACAGGCGGAACAAAUGGAAACGGCAGCUGUCCGCUGAACUGGAGGCUGCCAACAUGGCCCACGCCUCCGCGCAGACAUUAGUGGGGAUGCCGCUGGUUUUCCGAGACAACAACUUGCUGCGCGUGCCGGUCCCCCGGUCCAUCGCCUUCCCGACGCCCCUGUAUUACCCCGGGAGCAACCUGCCAGCGUUACCUUUAUACAACUUGUACAACAAAAUCGAGUACUGAUAUAUACUGAUCUGUAUGUUCAAAACGGGAGUCCACAUAAAAAUGAUUGAAAAAAAAAACAUUACAAGAACAAUACCACAAUCUUAUAAGUGUCUCCACAUAACCCCUGUAUAUUAUUGUAUUACUUUAUUUGUUGGAAAAAAAAUAUUAUGCAGCAACAGUCUCAUAAGAAAGCAGUCAAACUUCUCUAUAUGUAUGAAAUACACCAUGUGUAUAAUUAAUAGUAAAUUUGUACUUUUGUUUUAUUUCAUUUUAUUCUUUUGACUGAUAAAACACUGGAUUUAAACCUUAAUAUCAGAAAA